AAAAGGGCUUAACAUAGCAAAAUAUGAAUGACUGACAGUAGGCCUAAAUCUAUCUAUUCAAUUUUUUGUGCAAUCGUAAGUUUCACCUUCUGAAAACAAGAUUCGCUUUCUAGGUAUCAAACCAAGGAAUCGAUACCGUUGCACCCAAGCAACACGUUAGCUCGACUGAGGAAUGCAGAGACGAAGGCCUAGCGGUGGUUUCCCACCUCGCGAAUCUCCGAGGUCUGUAUAGCCUAAAUGACGCUGAUUCUGCACAAUGUUUCUCGUGACCCAUCCACACAUCCUUUGUUGUCACAUUCUGAGAAAGCUGCGUUAGAUUCACGAGACCACAUCCACCUCCAGCGCAAGGCCAGAUCUAGGCUAUAAGAUGCAGCAACAGGGUCUAAACGUGUCACUUAACUCUGCAACACAUACAGCCCAGAUCUCUCUUCACACUCCUUCAUGAUCCGAAUGAUGUUGAGGCUGGUUACCAUGGUAACCUCAGCCCUCCUGGUGUCCACCACCUCUCACGCCCCCUUCUCCUCUCACCCCCCCUCCUCCUCUCCCUCCCCCUCCUCCUCUCACCCCCUCUCCUCUCACCCCCCCUCCUCCUCUCCCUCGUCUUCAUCCAACUCCUCUUCCUCCUCCCCCUCUUUGAGCUGCCCCUGGCCCUGUAAGUGUUUGUCCAACACAACGGUCGCAUGCGAGGACCAGAAGCUGGAGACCAUCCCUGACCUCCCCCAGGGCGUACAGCAGCUCUACAUCUCUCACAACCUCAUCCAAGCUCUCCCUUCCUCCGGCCUGGCCGACCUACAGGUCCUCGACCUCACCAAGAACCGCCUCCACACCUUCCUGUCUCCCACUUACACCUGGCCCAACAUGAGCCGCCUGGAAAAGCUGUACCUCACAGGGAACCUUCUGGGUUCGCUGGCCCCUGGGCAGCUACAGGGCCUCUCUGCCCUGAUCCUGCUGGACCUGAGCGAGAACAACAUGGACGCCCUCCCCCCCGGUGCCCUCCGAGGGUUGGGCCUCUUGAAGAUGUUGUUCCUCAGCAUCAACCAGAUCUCCAGGCUUCAGCGAGGGGCUCUGCACGAGGCCUCCGCCCUCAGGGAGCUCCACCUGAGCAGCAACGCCCUAACCGACCUGGAGGCCGGAGCGUUCCAGAACAGUGGAUCCCUGGACAUGCUGGUUGUGUCUCGUAACCGUCUGACGGAGGUCCGGGCGGGCGGCCUCGCCGGGGCUGCCAACCUCACGCACCUGGACCUGAGCGGGAACGCGCUGGAGGCCGUUCCUGUCGACGCGUUGAGGGACGUGCCGCUGCUCUGCUACCUCUACCUCCAGAAGAACAGCAUCGCUUCUCUUCCGGAAGGUUCCUUCUCCCGGCUACAACAGCUGAGGAGUCUGGACCUCAGCAGCAACCGGCUCCAGAACGUAUCUGAGGGCUCUUUAAGCGGUCUGACGCAGCUCAGCUCUCUGGACCUGAGUUUCAACCUCCUCCAGUCACUCCCCUCCGGCCUGUUUGAGAACCUGACUAGUCUAGAGACAUUAGACCUUUAUCACAACGCCCUGACAUCACUUCCUGUCGGACUGUUCCAGAACCUAACAGCAUUGAUCGAGCUGCAACUAGACAGCAACAAUCUCUCCAUCGUAGCUUUGGGGGUUUUCGAGGGUCUGUCUAACCUCAGGGAGCUCCAGCUAGCUAACAACCACCUCACCGACCUCGACCACGCGUCCUUCUCCACCCUCAGGUCGCUACGGAAACUCUACCUCGACCACAACGCCCUACACAGGCUUCCCAGAGGCCUCUUCCACAGGAACAAGAAACUGAGAGAGCUGCAGCUGGACAACAACAAGCUCAGGUCCCUCCCCCCGCCUCUCCUCCGCCACCUGUCCAGCCUCACCAUCUUGAAACUCUCCCACAACCUCCUCUCCUCCCUCCACUCGGAUCAGUUCUCGGGUCUCACCCGUCUGAAGGAACUUUUUCUCAACGACAACCAGUUGGAAGUGGUUCCCAAAGGACUGUUCGUCAGCCUCAACAGCCUGAAGCUCCUUGACCUGGACAACAACCGUCUCUCGGCUCUGAGCCCAGAGGUCUUCGAGGACCUGUCCGCCCUGAAGGAGCUUCAUCUCAGCUUCAACCAUCUACACGAGCUCCCCCCUCACGCCUUCCGCUCCCUGGGUCGCCUCCGCAUGCUCCUGCUCCAGAACAACCGUCUCUGGGACCUGGACGCUCUGGUUCUCGAGCCACUGGAGUCCCUGACGGAGCUGGAUCUGGACAACAACCAGCUAGAGCGUCUCCCCCGCCAGGUGUUCCGGGGGCUCUCCCACCUGCAGGACGUCCACCUCCGCUCCAACCGCCUGGAGACGCUGGAGGUGGGAACCCUGGCGCACCUGGGGAACGUGACCAUCAUCCACCUGGAGGGGAACCCGUGGAACCCGUGCUCCUUCCCUCCUGGGCUGCUGGAGGAACUCUCUCCCCACCUGCGAGGACUCAGACCCUGUUCUGCUCUCAGCUCCGUCUGCUGUCUGACACCGGCACUUCCUCUGAAGAUCCUGCUGGUUGCCGUGUUAACAAUCCGCAGCUUAGGGUGACAUACAUUUGUGGUUUUGCAUGUUCACAUGUUUUUUUUUCUCGCUCCUUUUACGUGACACUUUCAGACCUUGUCUUUGUUUGCACAGUGGCACCUGCCUUUGUGCAGUUCUUGGUGUAUAACUGUAAAUGCAUCGCUAAGCUGAGAUCUGUUUCGAUUAAAAUCAUGCAUGUCUUAUAAUAUUUCUAUGUUUGAUUAUGCUCAAAGGAUUCAUUUGGUUGUAAAUAGCAGCUCAUUGAAAAGUUGAUAUGCGAUUAAUAAAAAUAUACUAUG